AUGUCGAAGAGCGAGCGCAACGGAGCCCGACACGAGAAAUUUCAAAGUCAGUUUCUUAAGUACGCGCUCGGAUCUCUGCAACAUCGAUCUCUAUGCAUUGCAGUGUUAGCAAUGGAUAUAUCAACGUCUGAGGCUCAGGGCGGAGGAAAGGCGUAUCUCAGGAGGCAGGAGAGCCGUCAAGACGCCCCCAGCCGGGCCGAGGCGGAGACCCCCUCCUUCAGGUCUUGUGGGGUCCUAGUGACCGGAGUUCACGUCAGGCAGGUGAAGGCCUCGGGUAUGGAUGUGGCAGGAUCUCUCCCCCGGGGAAUGGGCGUAGAUGAUGGGCGGCGAGCGCUGGUUGGUUACGCCCCUGGUGUCUCCGAGGAGAGGAGCCCCCUGCGUGUGCUCAUCAGGACUCGUGCUGUGCGGCCACCUCCGUCGCUCCCUCACGCUUAUAUAGACAUGUACGUUCGUUAUACCUCCUGUGCCCCUCCUUCACUCCUCCUCACCCUCGACCGCGCUGUCUCCUGCCAUAUUCCUGGUGCUUUGCCCAACUUGCUAUCCUCCCGCGCCCCAGAGACAGGGUCAGGCAGAGAAAAAAUCAGUUUACGCAGACCUCGGGAACUCAGAUCGGAAGGUCUGGAUACACUGAAGGAAGGGCGUGGCUCAGUGGAGGACGAAAAAGAGUCUCUCUGUGGGCGUCACUUGUCCUCCGCCCAUCCUAAGAGAUCCUCAAGCACAAAGAAAUUGGAAGUUAUGAGAAUGGCAGUGCGGGAUCUGAACACCAAGAAUUUAGAAAUACAAAGGAAAAUAAUAACAAAUGAAGAAAAAGAACAACCACAGCAGCAAAAGAUAAAACAAAUUAGAGGCAGCGACAGCAAACGAAGAACAAGGAUGGUGAAUGGAAGACAAACCACUAAGAGACACACACGGACCCCGCCUGCCCCGAGCCCCGUCCGCCCGUCGCCGUGCUUCCGCAAGCGGCCCCAAUACCAGCGAGAGCGAACAAGAGGAAGCAAAUCGUCAAUAUUGUCCCACCGGCGUUCGGGUGCCAGCGGUCGCCAGAGCAGAGCAGCGUGGCGUCUUCCGCGGCCGUCCGGCGGCGCGGCGUCGGCGGCGCUUCCGCUGCCGGCUCUCGGGAGCGGCGUCGCAGAAGCCGUAACAGCUGCGCUGACCAAUGCGAAGAAGGUUAUUACACAACGUAACCCCGAUCAGGAGGACGACAACAAUCCUUCCGAGAGCAGCCGUAAUGAAAGCCCAGCGCCCUCCUUUCCUUCGUCCCUCACCCGCUCAUCCGCCGCGCUGUCAUCUCACCGUCCUCGGGUCCCGGCCAAUGGUUGGAUGAACUGCACACAAGAUAAUACAGAGAUUAAGACUUUCUCGAAUACAGCCACAAUAUCACUGAACAAUUUCCAACCAAGGCAGGACACACCUAACCUAGCCCCGGGAGUCUUUCCAAAUAUCUGCAAUACAAUGAAAACCCGAAGCCACGUGAGGACGGCAAAGGAUCCUCGGGUAAUUGUCAUAUCAGUUCCAUCCUUCGGAAACCGAUGGAGCCCGUGCGAAGGAGCCACCUUCAGAGACAAAUCGCCGCCGACCAAAGACACCGCCAAAAUAGAACCCGCUCAAGAGAACUGCUUGGAUAGAACCUCGGAGAACCAGCCAAAGAAAACAUGUCACGAGAGAACCGCCCAAAGAGAACCGUCCAAGGAGAACCCGCCCAAAGAGACCCACCGACAGAAAACCCGCCCAAAGAGACCCACCGACAGAGAACUCGCCCAAAGAGACCCACCGACAGAGAACCCGCCCAAAGAGACCCACCGACAGAGAACCCGCCCGAAGAGACCCACCGACAGAAAACCCGCCCGAAGAGACCCACCGACAGAGAACCCGCCCAAAGAGACCCACCGACAGAGAACCCGCCCGAAGAGACCCACCGAUAGAGAACCCGCCCAAAGAGACCCACCGACAGAGAACCCGCCCAAAGAGACCCACCGACAGAGAACCCGCCCAAAGAGACCCACCGACAGAGAACCCGCCCAAAGAGACCCACCGACAGAGAACCCGCCCAAAGAGACCCACCGACAGAGAACCCGCCCAAAGAGACCCACCGACAGAGAACCCGCCCAAAGAGACCCACCGACAGAGAACCCGCCCAAAGAGACCCACCGACAGAGAACCCGCCCAAAGAGACCCACCGACAGAGAACCCGCCCAAAGAGACCCACCGACAGAGAACCCGCCCAAAGAGACCCACCGACAGAGAACCCGCCCAAAGAGACCCACCGACAGAGAACCGCCUCAAAUCCCCCAGCACGCCAAUAGCCGAGCGCGGGAGACCAAGGCCGCCGCCGAGCCAUUAACCCUUAAACAAUAUAUCCCCGACCUUGACGAGGCUAUCAGACUUAAGAGGAAAGAGGAGCCCAGCGAAGAGGAUCCCUUAAGAGGUGCAGGUGACGCCAAGCUGAGGGAUUGUGGAGUGUUGCAGAGUUCGCCUCCCUCACGGGCUGUCAACAUGUGUACAGGGAAUACAGAGGGUCUCUAUAAUCCUGUUACAUGCGAGCACAACAACCUGUAA